AUGAGUGGCCUACGAUUCAUUGCACAAAGACGUCAGUAGUUCAUUAGGUCUCGUUUUUAUUGAUGGAUGUGACCAAGAAAUCCUUUGUGCGUCACUCCAGAUGCGUCGAACUGCUAAGCAACGGCCACUUCAAUCAAAUCCGAAGAGUCGAACGGUGACCAUUUGCGAACUGAUCCACGUGUGAAAUGUUGUAGGACCGAACUAACUGAUGAAACAUUGAGCAAGUUUUGAAAGUGUUUGAAUUUUGCUGUCCGGAGAAGCAACUAUAGUCGCUUUCUGUUUUUUAAAUCCUCAACAUGGCAUUUCCAGGUCCAAAUAAGGAUAUCAGGGCAGGAUGCAAGAAAUGUGGAUACCCGGGUCACUUGACAUUUGAGUGUCGUAAUUUUGUACGCGUGGAUCCCAAAAAGGACAUUGUUCUGGAUGUGAGCAGCACCAGUAGUGAAGACAGUGAUGAAGAAGAAGAGCAGGAGGGACUGGGAACUAAAAAGCUGCCGACGGGCACCAACAACAAGAAUUCAAAUGAAGAACCCAAGAAGGGACUGCAUAAAAAGAAAAGUAAGGAGAAGUCUUCCCAUAAAAAGUUAAGAAAGAGAUCGUGCUCAUCAAGUGACGAUGAAGAGGACCAUCAUAAGAAAAAGAAACAGAAAACCCACAAGAAGAAAAAGAAACAAGAAAAGAAACACAAGAAGGAAAAACGGCCCAAGAAGGAGGGAAAGAAAAGCAAAGAGAAAAGACGUUCAUCUUCAUCUUCCGACAGUUCCAUUGCUGCUUCUGACACCGACUGAAAGUAUUUAGCUGCAGAAUAGACACUGCCUUAGACAAACAAAAAUAAUCACACAGGCAUGAUUUCUCAUACAAUUCAGACAGCCUUCUGUAAUGCUUAAAAAAAGAAAGAAAAGAUCUUGCUUACUGUUGUGUAUUAUAUUAUGCUCCAAUAACAAUUAUAUUUUUUAAUACAAUCACAAUUUAUGCUCAUGGCCUUGGUCACUAAUCAACUGUUCCUGAAGCAAUUCCACUACGCAAUCUCCAGUUAUAGUGUUGUGUCUGAAUAAAUAGGCCUCUCUCAAUCAAGUUGUUUUCUCUGUUUCAAUAAUAUCAGUCAUUUAAAAUGACUGACAUCAAACACAUGGUGGGGGGUAGUGAAGGGGACAGCAAGUAGUGAAAUACUUCAGUCUGCUACUGUUUAGUAAAAACUGAAAGCAUCAGUACAGGUACAUAUAAUCUCAAAUUUCUUGUCUUCUAUGAUGAAGUUUCAUAUGCUAAAUAUCUUCAGGGAGUAGUUAAGUAUCCUAGUCAGAGAAGGAAACUGACACAAAAUGCCAGUAACUUCGAACUUAAUAGGACUAAUCAAGGACUAUUGUUCAAAUAUGGGUUUCAAUGAUAAAUAGUAUGCAAAUCCAUUCAAGUGAAAAGGCCAGUAAAACUGGUAUAUACAAUCAAGUCUUUACUAACAGUCUUGCUCUGGCCUGAAAUUCAAUUCUACUGUAUUUCUUCAUUGUAUACUAUAGGAUGGACUUUUUUAAAUUAACAUUUGUUGCCAGUUCUACCACAUUCAGAACGCUUGCUAAUUACAGAAUCUUGGUAUCCCUGAAUAAUCACCUGCUCUUCAAAAAUAGCUUAAUAAGCAAGACAUCCCACAGGUGCAGUUGUACCAAAAUGUCAUCAAUUUACUGUCAAUGUAGAACAAGUGAGAGGGAUAUUCUUUUGUUUUGCCCCUCUAAAAUGUGUUUCUGCAAUGGAGUCUGCCAAGACUGGUUCUUCAUUCAAUGUAAACGCCUAUUGUUUUUGUUCUUUUAAGAAAUAUUAUUUUGUUUAAUGUUAAUUCAAAUGUAACGCAAGUAUGUCAUAAAUGACAAGAUAAUUACUAUUUUAAUAACUUCAAGUGCAUUCCUAGCGCUGUAAAAUCUACAAUCUUGUAUUACACUUACACUGUUAGAUAUAAACAAUCUAAGUAACGUUUUGAAACAAUUGCUGUACAUCGUUAUGAUUUUCAAUGGGAUAUCUGUUGUUCCAAAGCAUAUUUAAUUGGAAUUAAUUAUAAUUUUGAAUUCAUUAUUUUAAAGUUACUAGUAUAAUUUGUGAUAUAGUGUCUAAUAAAAAUGUAUAGCAGUACAGUAUAAUUAGAAAAGUAAAAUACUGUUUGAAAGAUAUUUAGAUGUUCCUAUAAUAUUCCAUUUGACGUUACGUGCAUUUGAAACCAUUGUUUUUAAUUGCGGAAAUAUUGUUAUUCUGAAAUCUAAUACAAGAGUGCAGGUAUGUAGGUCAUUUCUUUAUGUGGAUUGUCAUUAAUGGAAUCUCUGAAAGCAGCUUUUAUAGGAAAACAUCACUAAGACAAUAAACCUGGAGGCUUGAAUUCUGGAUUUCUGUAUGUAUGUAUGUUUGUCGUUGUUCGCUUAACAUGUAGCCAUACAGAUAUGAGGAAAACAGAGUAGGUAUGCCAUGUCUUCGCAUUAGCGCCUCAUGAGUAUUUUUCAGAUCCAUAAAUAAAAUUAAAAUGUCAGUA